GUUCAGAGCGAAAGGCUGCUCUGAAAAGUCAAUGGAUUUGAAUGCCUCAGCACUGGACUGUUGGAUCAUCAUUCAAACUGUUAUAAAUGCGUCAAUUGAGUGAUUUCAAAACUGACAUUUUGUUUUUGCGGCUCCUUAAGGAAUGCGGUUACCGGCUUUACCUCAGCUGAUAAGGAUAAUUUAACGUUACUGACGCGUGAUUGACUGUAAACAAACUGACGCGCCUUUAAACGUGUGCGAAAGGAUUAAACAUUUACUUUGACAGGUCAUAAAGUUUGUGCAGCAGCGGUGGCUCCACCUUCAGGUCAAUCGCGGUACUGCCCAAACCUCUGCAGGACAUAUGACUGUUACCAAAAGGUGAGAAGGUAAACUUACAAUCAGGAGGUAGUGAGGAGACGCAAACAACUAAUGACAUGGAGGUCAAAAGUCACCUGAUAACAGGCCCUGAUGUACAGGCCGUUGUGGACAGUAAGCAGCGAGCGGAGCGGAUGGUGGAGCUGCAGGAGCGCAGGAGGAGCCUUCAGUCGCUGCUCAACACUCGACUAGCAGAACUCAAACGCCUGUGUCUACAGGAGGCGGAGCUGACAGGUGAAGUUCCUCAUGAAUAUCCUCUGGAAAGCGGAGAGAAAGCUCCUCAUGUGAGACGCAGGGCUGGUCUUUCCCGCAGCAGCUCCAAACAUAACACGAAAAAUGAGGAAGAGGACUGCUCUCAGCGCAAGACAAAGAAAACCCUGUUCAGCGGCGCCCUCCGCAGGCACACCGAUGCAGAACAACAUUCACAGCACAGCAAACGCACCGUUCAUAGAGGAUGCCACACAGAGAACACAGUGAAGUCGGAGAGCAGCUCAACGUCUGACUCUACCAUUCAGGACACUGAAGACGUCUCUGAUGGUUUGUCACCCUCACGUCUCAAGCUGGUCUCCGAGAGUCCAGACAACAGGAUUUCUCGAAAACUCUCCCCUGUGGAGAUCUAUUACGAGAUGAAAACUCGCCGCAACUCUGUGGCCAGCUCAGCCAGCCCGAGUCACUCUCUUCCCAGAAGUGUAUCAAAUCUGGAAGGACGAAGUGUACCGGCAACUCCUCUCCUGUCCCGCAAUGGAAUAACAGGAGCACACAUCAGGUCAGAAUCAUCCAGCGGCACUGCAGUUGUGAAGCAGUGGUCAGACAAUCCCGAGGCACCCCAGCAGGUGCCUAUUCAGUCUCAGGAGGGGUCCUCAGGGUCCUACGAGCAGGGCCACAGACGCAGCAAUAGCUCCGAGACGUUACUGGACCGGCACGGCUCUGCAGCAGAGGACGGAGCUCAGAGGCCGAGUCGAAACGGCCCGUACAAGAGCUCAGAAGCACUCAUAGACACCACUUUAAAACAGCCCCAGCGGAGCAGCCCUGAACGCCAGAUAAACGGACACACCGAACUGUCCCGCAUCCGUUCGGCAGUAGGAGGUCGAGGCACAAACGGAGGUGGCGGUUACAGUGAAAUCCUCAUGGAUUACGUGUGGGGAAAGCAGCAGAAGAUGCAACAACAAAGACUUCAAAAUGGUCCGAAGUCUAAACCGUGGCCUGAAGGUCCCAAUGCUCCGCCACCUCCCUACAGAAAUGGCUUUCCCCAAUCACAGCAGCUCAUCCUGGGUAAUGGCCCUCCAGCCUACAGCCCGCUAAUGCUAAGAGGGAAGCCUGGCGAUCCACGGAGAGUCAAAGUGACACGGACUAAAUCCUGCGGGCCGUUCGUUCCCUCACAGCAGCACCAGCAGGAGUCCAUUCUGCUCUCGGCGUACACUGAAAACAAUGGUAACACGGUGCAGAAGGAGCACUCACAUAGGCCGCCCCAUUACCCUGUUGAAUCCUCAGCACCCACGACCCCUGAUGACCCCACACGCAGCCUACACAAGGCGCUGGCGCUGGAGGGAUUGAGGGACUGGUAUCUGAGGAACGCACUGGGACAGACGGCCACCGGAGGGAAGGGUAAAGACGGGACGCAGACGCAUCGCAGGAGGACCACCUCCUCUCUGCACAACUCACACCCACUCAAACACCAGCCUCAGUCCUUCCAGACGGACACAGCAUAUACACAGAUGACCCAGUCGGCCACGUUUCAUGGACACCCAAUACACGGCAGGUCGAUCGAGCUUUCAUUGUACCAGGAAUCCUUUUCAUCGAAAAUGCAGGAAAUGACACUUACAGAGAGCAGUAACGACAGACCCACGCCAGGAACUCUGGUCUGACACGCAAAAACAAACACCAAGACAUUACAGCAAACACCAGCCCAUGGCAGAAUGAGAGAACGUCAUGAUGGACUUUUAAAGAGAGGUUUUGAGGAAUAAUUCCACAAAUAAUUACAGAAAUCAGUCAAGCAUCUUUUUUAUACUAAGAAAUGUUAAGCCACCACUGACAAACACGUGCUCAAGCCACUUUUCAGCAUGAAAUCAAGCUGUCUUCUCGUUUCACGUCAUCUCCAGCUUUCUGUAGACUUGUUAUAUAUAUACAGUAGAUCAGUAAAUCUCCCUGUUGAUCAGCAAAAAGUAGUAGAAAGCUCUAGAAAUAGACAUCAUGUCAGCACAUUCCUAUUAUUAAACAACAUUAUUUAAUUUGUAUUCACCGUGAAAUAUACGUACAGUUGAAGUCAGAAUUCGCCCUCCUGUGAAUAUUUUUUUCUUUUUCAAAUAUUCUCCAAAUGAUGUUUAACAAAGCAAGGAAUUUUUCACAGUAUUUCCUAUAAUAUUUUUUCUUCUGGAGAAAGUCUUAUUUGUUUUAUUUUGCCUAGAAUAAAAGUUUAAAAAAAUUUUAAAAACCAUUUUAAGGUCAACAAUAUUAGCCCUCUUAAGCAAUUUUUUUUUGAUUGU